UUUUGCUAUUUUCCAUUUUUGUCGCCUAUAACUCUAACGACUUGGGUGUCUCAAAAGGUUUCUAUCCACUUCGAGGGUUUCGAGAAUAUCGGGUUCCCCGCUCUGGAGCUGCAAGUGCAAGUCGCGGGUUGCCGUUUCGAGUUUAGGCCAGCUGUCGCGCGUAGUCCGCUCAUCGUGGCUCUUUCGUUUGAUCAACUCCAGCUCCCUUUUGUCCCCAAGCUGCCUGCUGUCUGUACUUUGGCCUUUUAAUCAACCCAUCUCCCAAAGUGCGCCCGUUGCCUAUAUAAUCAGCCCAGCAUUAUGCGCUUCAUCCCCCUUCUCGCCCUCCUCCCAGCGCUCGCUGUGGCCGAGGAGCAGGUCCCUCUCGCGGACCGGGUCCAGGGCUGGUUCAACAAAGCCAAGUCUUAUCUGCCCACCGCCACCCCAGUCAUUCCCGUUGCUGAGAAGGUGGCCGACAUCCCGAAGAAGGUCAUCCAAGAAAAGACUGUUACCCCUUUCAACGCAACCAACUGGCAAUCGCUCCUCGAACCGACAUCGACUCCUCAAGACUGGCUAGUAUUCGUUACCGGUGGAAACAAGACUUGCUUUGGCCGCUGUGGCAGGGCUGAAAAGUCGUUCAACGAAUCCAUUCCCCUCUUCGCUAUUGAUCCGACUUCUCCCAAUCUCGGCUACCUCGACUGCGAAUCAAACCAGCUUCUCUGUUCCGCCUGGUCCGCUGGUGCUCCAUCCGUUUGGUACUUCAAGGUCCCACAAGCUCAGGCCGCCGAGGAGCGCCCAUCUACUGCUUUGCACAUCAACUACGUGAACUCGACCACUGUGACCCCAGAGACAAUCUACAAGAUCCAUUCCGAGAAGAAGUACGAGGACAGACCCGCCUAUGAAGGCGCAUUCCACCCGACAGAUGGCUGGCUUGCUGAAUACGGCCUGCUUGUGCCUCUGGGCUACGUCAUUUACGGCUUUGGAAUAAUUCCUAGCUGGCUUUUCAUGAUUGUUAUCAGCAUGGCCAGCCGGACGAUAAUGGGCCGUCGCCUUGGGAAUACAGGAGCAGCUCCUGCCGGUCGUACUGGCUAGACUGCUUGUCGCAAAGUCGUGUGCGCUAUUUUCCAAUACUAUGAUGACGGGAUGUACAUAUGUUACACUAUUGGUGCCUUCUGAUCUGAUAAUCGAACCACGUCGGAGGCUUUGGUUAUUUUUACAUCCUCGGCUUCACGGUAUUGUUUUGGAUCUUUCAAGUUAUGAGACUGUUUUAGUAAAAUAAAAUAGCGGAGCGUUGGUUUACAUUAAGUUAAUAGCAUAAAAACAUGUCUGUUUCUGCGGC